AAUUUCUUGUAUUAUUUACGUAUUUGGUGUAGCAUAUUUGCGACGUGCAGUCCAGUUUCACGUCUGUUAGCCUGUCUAUUUGUCACAGGACGUGGCCGCCUGCUGUGUGUCUAAAACGCGAUGUCAACGCAAAAUGUGGGAAACGAGGAAAACGCAGCGUCGAAGUCAAAGCGACCUUCAGAUUCGGCAUUCAAACAACAACGUCUACCCGCCUGGCAGCCAGUGUUAACAGCACGAACAGUGUUGCCCACCUUUUUUGUGAUUGGAGUGCUCUUCAUACCCAUUGGCGUCGUACUGCUGCACUUCUCGAAUACGGCCAAUGAGCUCAUCAUCGAUUACACCAAUUGCGAUCAAGUUGGUGGCACUGAGACGUGCGCCAAAUUUUUAAAGAACAACACAGGCGGAACGUGCAUCUGCCAGAAGAACUUUAUACUCCCCUCGGACUUCAAUGGCGAUGUGUACAUGUACUAUGGCCUCACAAAUUACUAUCAGAAUCAUCGACGCUAUGUGAAAUCGCGUGAUGAUGAGCAACUGUUGGGUCGCCUCUCGCUAACGCCCAGCUCGGAUUGUACGCCAUUUGCUUAUGCGGACGAUGGCAAACCCAUUGCACCUUGUGGUGCCAUUGCCAAUUCUCUAUUCAAUGACACAUUGACCCUGAGCCAAGAUGGCAAGGUAAUCGACUUAUUAAAUACGGGAAUUGCAUGGCCAUCGGAUAAGAGUGUCAAGUUCCGUAAUCCUGAGGGUAACCUGACAUUGGCACUCAAAGAUUAUGCCAAGCCACUCUUCUGGCAAAAGAGUCUCGAUCAGUUGGAUAUUGACAAUCCCGAAAAUAAUGGAUUCCAAAACGAGGAUCUUAUUGUAUGGAUGCGCACCGCCGCCUUGCCCAGUUUUCGCAAAUUGUAUCGUCGCCUGGAUCAAACAAAAAGUCAAUUUGCCAAGGGUCUUAAGGCCGGCAAUUACACAUUGAACAUCAACUACAACUAUCCGGUGGUCUCGUUUGAUGGCACCAAACGUAUGAUUCUAUCGACCACUUCCGUGCUGGGCGGCAAGAAUCCAUUCCUGGGCAUUGCCUACAUUGUUGUGGGUGCCAUUUGUGUGACACUUGGACUCGCCCUGCUCUUCAUUCAUAUGCGCUGUAGUCGCAGCAGCAACAUGGAGAUGAUUAACGUUAAUCCACACACGCAGUACUCCUAGAGACAUCGGAUUUGACUUGAUAGUGUUUUUGGCAAUGCUGUUUCUGCGACUCGCCCACGCACCAUUUAGCCGUAGUAGUAUCUUAUUUAAGAAUAAUUAUUUAUCUAUGUCUAUGUAACAGAAUUACACAAUUAGAUUCUAUUUGUAUUGUAUUACACUGUACAGCAUCGUCGGCUGUGCCCUUUGUUAACAUUCAACAACUUGUAAAUGUUUUUUGUUUCCUUUUUUUAUACACAUUUUUUUUGUUUUCUUGAUUUUGCACCCAAUUAUACACAUAUGCUUGUUGAUAAAUUCGUCUUGUAAUCCACCUGACAACGUAUGACAACCAUGUCACCGAAACCAAACUAGACCAAACAGCUAAUUCAGCUAACAAUACUUACAUUAUAACUAAUAACAACCUUUUAAACUUUGUGUGCCUCUGCCAUGGCUAACAAAUCACCUUUUUUGUAUGCCAAUUGUUUCGAUGUGAGUGGGAUGUGCACUGAUAUUUUGUUAAAUAUUGCUUAUGCAAAUAAAUCUUUAAAUAUGCUAAAUUGU